CUUAAAGAUACCCGCAUCCCCGGUGCCCCAUCUCAUCGCAGCGACAUGGCGUGCGGCCAGAGACCUUCCAAUGAGGUUCUUCUGCAGCAACUUAGAGAUGGAACCGCCGAAUUCGAGCUCCUCGCCCCGCCCACCUCUCCGGCUUCUAAUAGCCUUCGAUUCUUUGCCAGAAUUAGCUCUUCUCUGGGUGGAUCAUCACCGGCGAUGAAGAAAGUGGAGCAUCAUUCAAUUCGGAAGGUGACCGGUGAUGGCCGUUGCAUGUUCCGAGCCCUGGUAAAAGGAAUGGCGAACAACAAGGGACUUGCACUUAGCCUGGCUCAGGAGAGAGAUGAUGCAGAUGAACUGCGGAUGGCUGUGAAGGAAAUUAUAUGUGACAGUGAGGAUGCAGAACGACUUCAGUAUGAAGAAGCACUGAUAGCAAUUACUGUGGAAGAGUCUUUGAAAAGAUAUUGCAAACGCAUCCAACACUCUGAUUUUUGGGGAGGAGAAUCAGAAUUAUUGGUGUUGUCAAAGCUAUGCCACCAGCCAAUCAUUGUCUAUAUACCUGAGCAUGAGCAUACUAUGGGAAGAUGGGGAAAUGGCUUUAUACCUAUUGCUGAAUAUGGAUCCGAGUUUGGCAAGAAGUCAAGAAAGGGGAAGCAGAGGAUGCCAGUGAGAUUGUUAUAUAGUGGAAAAAACCAUUAUGAUUUACUUGUUUGAGAUGUGGAAUUUUGUAACUUGUUGGUUGUAUUGUUCAAGUGACCUCGGUAACAUAAAAGAUCCAUCACCAAAGUUGCAGUUUAUGUCUAAAAUCUUUUAUCCUUCUUGAUGGAGGCAAUCACUCUAGUGCUUUAUAUCUAUGAGUGCUAAACAAUGCCAUCAGCGAAGUUUUGUCAUCUGCUGGUUUUCUUGUAAUCGAUGCUGAAAUUUGGUUAUAAAGACCAAUUUUUUGUCUUGUUA